CGCGCGUGCCGCGUCCGUGUUUCUCCGUCUCUUGGUAACUCGUCUCUCUGUCGAAAGGGAGGGAUAACAGUGGUCGGAUCCGAGAGGAAAAGUCGUCCGUGUUUCAACCCGUGUCCACCCACGGUGGACGCGAUCCGUCCCGAUUUCGUCGCGUUCCGCGUCGUCGGGCUGGUGAAUUCUCUGUUUUCCCUAGGUGUGGAGAAGAGCGCGCGAUUCGGAUCGCGAGACGUUCCUUCUCUAUCCGCGAGGUGGUGGGCAAUGAUAACAGGAGGCGCAAGGGUUUGGAAGGGGGAGACCUCUGCUGACAGUGCGAACGUAGCAGGAUUCUGAGUUACCGGAGAAAAGAUUUCCAAGGAUUCCAACCUCGAUAUCGUAGACCGGUGCCAGGACAUUCGGGGGUGGUGCCGGUUACGUACGCGACACGAUCACGAGCGUUUCCGGGGCAAGUGACGCCUUCGACAUUCGCACCUGGACAUUCGCAUGGGGUCGGCACUCAUGCUCUGGUGAAAGAUCGGAUCUACCGUGAGAGAGGUGCGGACGACGAGAAGAGAGAGAGAGAGGGAGAGAGAGAGAGAAAGGAAAAGACAGCGGGAUGUGGCGCGUACUGGUGGUCGCGGCCCUCCUAGCGGCCACGGAGAGGGUGGACGGCGACAAGGUGGUGGUCCUCCCCCACGACGUUUACCCGGGCUACGAGGUGACGUUGCUCAACACGAAACGGCCUUCCAACUUCCGCCUGAUGGAGAACAAUUUCUCCAAGUUCUUCACCGUGCUCGGGAACGGGCUGGUGAUGACCACGUCCGACCUGUCGCCGCUCGUCGACCGCCCCGUCAAUCUGAUGGUCGUGGAGGAGCUGGCCAACGCCACCGAGACCCAUUUCCUUCACCUCUACGUGAUAAAUCGAAGAAACAUGAUCACCUUCUCCCACGAUCGUUUGGGGGAGGGCGAGGUCGGGGAGAAUCGAGGCGCGGGCACACCGGUCGAGGGGUUCCCGGUUCUGAGGGCGCGGGGAAGCUUCCCGGUUCAUUACGCGAUCCUUGCGGACGAGGCGGGGGACAGGCCGUUCGCCCUCAGGGAGGAGGACUCGAACCGGACUGGAUUCAACCUGACGCUGGCCAGCGAGAAGGAAGGGGUGCGGGUGGUGACCGCGAGACCGUUGGAUCGGGAGGCGAGCAAGGCGUACGCGGUGGCGAUCCACGCCUCGGACGGUUAUCUGUUGACCAGCUCCCGGAUCGACGGCGUGGUGCGGGUGUUGGACGAGAACGACAACAGCCCGGUGUUCGAGAGGGAGGAGUACACGUUCGAGGCGAGGCCGAGCGAGAGAAGCGCGGUCGGGAGGAAUUCGGCGGCGGGUUGGAAACGGUUCUCCACCGUGGGCAAGGUGGUGGCCAAGGACGCGGACGGGGACAGGGUCGCGUACAAAUUGGCGACGCCGAGCAGGCUGUUGGUCGUCGUGCCGCAGACGGGGGAGUUGAUGCUGGUCGGCGAGCCGGAGGUCGGGAUGGAGGAGGACGGCGAGUGCGUGGCGGUCGUGGAGGCGCACGACGUGCGCAACCCUAGCAGGUCGAGCGAGAGGCCGGCCAAAGUCGUCGUCAGGUUCUUGACGUCCGACCCGAUAGAGGAGUCGGUGGAGGUGCACAGGAUACGGAAGAGGAGGGUGACCAGGGCUGUCAGACCGACGAAGAAGGUGGACUUCACGGAGGCCGACGGCGACGUCGAAGGAAAGAUCGUGUUCUAUCUGGAGAAGGAGAACGAGAAGGAGACGUACAAGAUCAGGGACGAGAACAAGUGGGUCACGGUAGACUCGAACGGGUCGGUUAUAGUGAAGCAGAAAUGGGAUUACGAGGAGCUGGGUUCGGAAAAGACCAUUGAUUUUUGGGUGACUAUUACCAAUACAGAAGAACGGUGCGCACGAUACUCGUCGUAUCUCCAGUGUCCAUACCACGACACGGACAAUCAGCGUGUCAUUAUCAACGUGAAGGACGUUAAUGACGAGCCACCGUACUUCAUAAAUCGGCCUCUGCCAAUGCAAACGGUCGUACAGCUGAAUGCACCGCCGAAUACCCACGUGUUUACCCUUCAAGCAAGGGAUCCUGACACUGACAGCAAUAUUCACUACUUCAUCGUACGAGAUCGGACCGGUGGCCGUUUCGAGGUAGACGAGCGAUCCGGUGUCGUGCGCACCCGGGGGACCGAUCUCUUUCAGUUGGACAUGGAAUACGUUCUGUACGUGAAAGCGGAGGACCAGAACGGGCGCAUAGACGAGAGGCGUUAUCAGUCGACUCCCGAGGAACGACUAUCGAUCGUAGGUGGGAAACGGGCGCCUCAAUUCUACAUGACCGCGUACGAGGCCGAGAUACCGGAAAACCAGAAGAAGGACUCCGACAUCAUAUCGGUGAAGGCGAAGUCGUUCGCCGACCGUGAGAUUCGUUACACCCUAAAGGCACAAGGGCAAGGGGCGGCUGGAACGUUCAAUAUCGGGCCGACCACCGGCAUUGUAAAAUUGGCGAAGGAAUUAGAUUUCGAGGAUCUUCGUCAACCGCACAUCUACUCCCUUAUCGUUACAGCCACAGAGGAUUCGGGUGGUUUCUCUACGUCCGUUGAGUUGACCAUACGAGUUUCCGACGUGAAUGACAAUGCGCCGAAAUUUGAAUUGCCCGAUUACCAAGCCCACAACGUGGACGAAGAUAUAUCGUUGGGGACAAGUAUACUGAAAGUGAAAGCGACCGACGCGGAUUCCGGUGCAAACGCGGAAAUAGAGUAUCUGGUGUCGGACGACCACUUCAGCGUGGACUCGAGCGGGAUCAUAGUGAACAAUAAGCAGCUCGACGCGGAUAACAACAACGCUUAUUACGAAUUCGUCGUCACCGCCAGAGACAAAGGGGAGCCGCCGAAAACGGGGACGGCGACGGUGCGCAUAUACACGAAGAACAAGAACGACGAGGAGCCAAAGUUCUCCCAACAGGUGUACACACCGAACGUGGACGAGAACGCGGGACCGAACACGCUCGUGACGACGGUGGUCGCCUCUGACAAGGACGGGGACAACGUUCGCUUUCGAUUCGUCGGAGGCAACACGACAUCGGGCCAGUUCGUGAUCGAGGAGAUCACAGGUGUGAUACGCCUUCACGGGAAAGCGAUCUCUCUGGACAGGGACAAGUACGAGUUGAACGUGACAGCCCUCGACGACGGUGCUUGUUGCCCCAACGGGGAGACCACAACCCACACCAGCACCGCUGUCGUCGUCGUGUUCAUCACCGACGUGAACGAUAACAAACCGGUGUUCAAGGAUUGCAGCAUGUACAAUCCGAAGGUGGAGGAAGGCGCGCCCAACGGCAGCACCGUGAUCAAAGUCCAGGCUACGGACGAGGAUAAGGGUGUGAACGGGCAAGUGAAAUAUUCGAUCGUCCAACAGCCCAAUCAGAAGGGAACCAAGUUCACCGUUGACGAGGAGACUGGCCAAGUUUUGACGAAUAAGGUAUUCGAUCGCGAAGGAGACGACGGGAAAUUUGUAUCCGUUACCGUGAAAGCAACGGAUCAAGGUGAACCUUCCUUGGAGGGUGUUUGCUCCUUCACCGUUGAAAUCACCGAUGUCAAUGACAACCCGCCGUUGUUCGAUCGUCAGCGAUACGUAGAGAAUGUAAAACAAGAUGCCAGUAUCGGAACGAACAUUCUCAGAGUAUCGGCAUCGGACGAGGAUGCCGAUAAUAACGGUGCCAUAACGUACUCGUUGAGCUCUCCGAACAAUGACCAAGGAUUGGAGUACUUUGAGAUCCAACCAGAAUCUGGUUGGAUCGUCUUAAAGAAGCCUCUAGACGAGCAGCGUGAGAUGUACAAGCUGGAGGCGAUGGCCCAAGACAAGGGCUUCCCGCCCUUGUCGCGAACGGUGGAAGUACAGAUUGACGUUGUGGACCGUGCGAAUAAUCCACCCGUGUGGGACCAUAUAGUGUAUGGGCCGAUCUACUGUAAAGAGAACAUGGCCGUUGGGGCUAAAGUUGUGUCUGUUAAAGCCAGCUCGGGAAUCGAGAAUAAUCCGACGGUGUUUUACCGGCUAAUGCCUGGAUCCACCGCGCAGACCAACAAGUUUCACACGUUUUACCUUCAGCAACGAGCCGAGAAGUCUGUCACCUGGGCCGACAUCAAGGUUAACCAUCAGCUGGAUUACGAGAGCAUAAAGGAGUACAAUCUGACUAUACGAGUCGAGAACAAUGGUGCCCAACAACUCGCUUCCGAAGCGACCGUCUAUAUCGUCCUGGAGGAUGUUAACGACGAAAUACCUUUGUUCACCGAACGUGAGCAAGAAACUGUACUCGAGGGUGAACCGGUUGGUAGUAAAGUUACUCAAGUCAACGCGAUUGAUAAGGAUGGCACUUUUCCGAACAAUCAGGUCACUUAUUACGUGGUGGACAGCGACAGGAACGAAGGGAAGGAUUACUUCGAGAUUAAUCGGGAGACCGGGGAGAUCUUCACGAAGGUGAUGUUCGAUCGGGAGAAGCAAGGAGCGUACGCGUUGGAAGUGGAGGCCAGGGACGGCGCACCUUCCGCUAGGCCCAACAGCAACGGCCAGCCCAAUUCCGUGACGAAAUUCAUCCGUAUUGGAAUAGCUGACAAGAACGACAAUCCGCCUUAUUUCGACAAAGGCCUCUACGAGGCUGAAGUAGACGAAAAUGAGGAUAUCCAGCACACGGUACUCACUGUCACCGCCAAAGAUCACGACGAGUCCUCGCGUAUUCGAUACGAGAUUACGAGCGGUAACAUAGGCGGUGCAUUCGCCGUGAAGAAUAUGACUGGCGCCAUCUAUGUCGCGGGUGCGUUAGAUUACGAGACGAGGAAAAGGUACGAGCUCCGCCUCACCGCGUCUGAUAACUUGAAAGAAAAUUACACGACGGUGGUGAUACACGUGAAGGACGUGAACGACAAUCCGCCCGUCUUCGAACGUCCGACUUACAAGACGCAGAUCACCGAGGAGGACGACAGGACUUUGCCUAAACGAGUCCUCGGGGUGACGGCGACCGAUGGCGACAAGGACAGGCCACAGAAUAUCGUCUACUUUUUAACCGGACAGGGUAUCGAUCCUGACAAUCCAGCGAACAGUAAAUUCGACAUCAACCGCACCAGCGGAGAAAUUUACGUUCUAAAGCCGCUGGACAGGGAUCAACCGAACGGGAGGCCGCAGUGGCGGUUCACGGUGUUCGCUCAAGACGAAGGUGGGGAGGGUUUGGUCGGAUAUGCCGACGUGCAGGUGAACCUGAAGGAUAUCAACGACAACGCGCCCACUUUCCCCCAAGGAAUUUACUUCGGCAAUGUGACGGAGAACGGAACAGCGGGAAUGGUCGUGAUGACGAUGACGGCGGUCGACUACGACGACCCGAGCGAGGGUACGAACGCGAAAUUGAUUUACUCGAUCGAGAAGAACGUGAUCGAGGAGGAGACCGGCUCGCCCAUCUUUGAGAUCGAAUCGGAUACAGGCGUGAUAAAGACGGCGGUGUGCUGUUUGGACAGAGAACGGACACCGGAUUAUUCCAUACAAGUGGUAGCUAUGGACGGAGGGGGGUUGAAGGGGACGGGGACAGCGUCUAUACGAGUGAAAGAUAUAAACGACAUGCCUCCGCAAUUCACAAAGGAGGAAUGGUUCACCGAAGUGGACGAGACGGAAGGGCCAGAUCUGCCGGAAAUGCCGAUACUCACGGUCACUGUACACGACGAGGACGAGACCAAUAAGUUCCAGUAUAAAGUGAUCGAAAGUAGCGGCUACGGUGCCGACAAAUUCACCAUGGUGAGAAAUAACGACGGCACCGGCUCUCUCAAGAUCGUGCAAUCGUUGGACUACGAGGACCAAUUGCAGAGCAACGGUUUCAGGUUUAGGAUACAGGUCAACGACAAGGGGGAAGACAACGACAACGAUAAAUAUCACGUUGCCUAUUCGUGGGUGGUGGUGAAACUGCGCGACAUAAACGAUAAUCAGCCUCAAUUCGAGAAAGCGAAUAUCGAGACCACGGUGCCGGAGAACGCUCGUAUAGGGAACAGUCUGGAAACGUUCAAAGCCACCGACCCCGACCAAGGUGGUAAGAGCAAGGUGUACUACUCGAUCGACAGAAGCUCCGACCGUAAAAGGCAGUUCUCCAUCAACGAAAACGGGACGGUGUCGAUCCAGAGGAGUCUCGAUCGCGAGGAAACCCCGAGGCAUCAGGUGAAAAUCUUGGCCAUCGACGACGGUAUUCCGCCGAAAACGGCGACGGCGACGUUGACCGUGAUCGUGCACGACAUAAACGACAAUCCGCCCCGAUUCCUCAAGGAUUAUCGGCCCGUGUUGCAAGAGCACUCCCAGCAGAAGAAAGUGGUGGAGAUUUCGGCGACGGACGACGACGAUCGAUCGAAGAGCAACGGGCCGCCGUUCACUUUCAGGAUGGAUCCUAAGGCGGACGACGUGAUUCGUGCCAGUUUCAAAGUUGAGAGCGAUAACAAGGGGGCGAACGGGGACGGUAUGGCCAUUGUUUCCUCGUUACUGUCGUUCAACAGAGAGCAACAAAAGGAGUACUUGAUACCGAUCGUUAUCAAGGACACCGGGACUCCGUCUAUGUCUGGGACCAGUACUUUAACCGUUAUUAUCGGGGAUAUCAACGAUAACAAAAUGCAGCCAGGAUCGAAAGACAUUUUUGUAUAUAAUUACGCAGGACAAUCACCGGACACGGAAAUAGGCAGAGUUUACGUCUUCGAUUUGGACGAUUGGGACCUACCCGAUAAGAAAUUUUAUUGGGAGAGUUUGGAACACGCUCAAUUUAAAUUGGACGAGGACACGGGGAUGAUAUACAUGAAAUCGGGUACCCACGACGGUAGAUACCAUUUACGUUUCAAAGUGUACGAUCGGAAGCACACGCAAACGGACGUCCCGGCGAACGUGACGGUCACCGUGAAAACUAUACCGCACGAGGCUGUGCUGAACUCUGGUUCCGUUCGGAUAUCAGGCAUAACGGAUGAAGAUUUCAUCCGUAUUUGGGAUUACAAGUCGCAAACUACGUCGCGAAGUAAAGCGGAAUUAUUCAGGGACAAAUUGGCGCAUUUGUUGAACAUCGACAGGGAGAACGUGGACGUGUUCAGCGUCCAGUUGCGCAGGAUACAUCCCCCGUUGACGGACGUGAGAUUCGCGGCGCACGGGUCAACGUAUUACAAACCUGUCAGAUUGAACGGAAUCGUGUUGAUGCAUCGGGAGGAGAUCGAGAAGGAGGUCGGUAUCAACAUAACCAUGGUGGGGAUCGACGAGUGUUACUACGAGAACGAAGUGUGCGAGGGUAGUUGCACGAAUACGUUGGACAUUAGCAGCUUACCUUACAUGGUGAACGCGAACAGAACGGCCCUGGUCGGCGUGCGGGUGGACGUAAUCGCCGAGUGUACCUGCGGGGCGCGAAACUUCAGUAAAGGGGAAUCCUGCAGGAGCAGCCCUUGUUACAAUGGCGGCCGUUGCGUGGAGGGGAGAUUCGGAUUGUCGUGCCAGUGUCCAGCCGGGUACAACGGUCCAAGGUGUCAGCAAACCGCGAGAAGUUUUCGCGGGAACGGAUGGGCGUGGUAUCCGGCUCUUGAAAUGUGCGACAACAGCCAUUUGAGCUUCGAAUUCAUCACGAAGAAGCCCGACGGAUUGUUACUGUACAAUGGCCCCAUAGUUCCUCCCGAAGCUGACGAGAUUAUGGUCUCCGACUUUAUAUCCGUCGAGCUGGAACGUGGGAUACCGCGGCUAUUGAUAGACUUCGGUUCCGGCACGUUGGAAUUGAAAGUGAAACCGAAGAGGACAUUGGACGACGGGGAAUGGCACAGGCUCGACAUAUUUUGGAACACGGAGACGGUGAAAUUAAUCAUCGACUACUGCAAGUCGGCGGACAUCUCGGAACCGGAGGACGGCACGCCGCCAGAGUUCAACGACACCAGCUGCCAAGCGCAAGGGACUAUACCACCGUUCAACGAGUACCUGAACGUGAACGCCCCCCUACAAAUCGGUGGUUUAUACGUGGAGCAAUUCGACCCGACUCACUACAAGUGGAAGCACAUGCCGGUCGGCAAAGGUUUCGACGGGUGUAUCAAGAAUCUGUUCCACAACAGCAAGCUCUACGACCUGGCGCAUCCCGGCCUGUCCAGGAACAGCGUGGCCGGCUGCCCCCAGACCGAGGAGAUAUGCAACAAUCAGGAGUCCACGUUCCGUUGCUGGGAGCACGGCACCUGCGUGGGAAGCUUCGCCGAGGCCAGAUGCCAGUGCAACCCGGGAUGGACCGGGCCUGGGUGCAUGACGCCCACCAUACCAACCACGUUCAAGCCGCAGAGUUACGUUAAAUACGCCUUGUCCUUCGAGCCGGAUAAAUAUUCCACGCAAGUGCAACUGAGAUUCCGAACUCGAGAGGUCCACGGCGAAUUGUUCAGAGUGAGCGACCAGCACAACAGAGAGUACGCCAUCUUGGAGAUCAAGGACAGCAGACUGCACUUCCGCUACAAUUUGAACAGUCUGAGAACCGAGGAGAGGGAUAUAUGGUUGACGGCGAUAGCUGUGGACGAUGGACAGUGGCACACGGUUAGAGUGUCGAGAUACGGAUCGGCCGCCACGUUGGAGUUGGACGGGGGGGAAGGGAGAAGGUUCAACGAGACCUUCUCCUUCGAGGGGCAUCAGUGGUUGUUGGUGGACAAGCAGGAAGGAGUUUUCGCUGGUGGCAAGGCUGAGUAUACGGGGGUAAGGACGUUCGAGGUGUACGCCGAUUACCAGAAAGGAUGUCUCGACGACAUAAGGUUGGAGGGGAAGCAUCUCCCGUUACCACCCGCCAUGAAUGGAACGCAAUGGGGUCAAGCGACGAUGGCCAGAAACUUGGAAAGGAAUUGUCCCUCGAACAAACCUUGCGCGAACGUCAUUUGCCCGGAGCCAUUCGAAUGUAUCGAUCUUUGGAACGAGUACGACUGCACAUGCGGGGAAGGGAGGAUUCCGUCGCCCGACAAUAAAGGAUGCAUGGACAAGAACGAAUGUAUAGAUUAUCCUUGCCUGAACGGUGGCAGAUGCAUCAAUCAGGAUCCUCGCUUCCGGUACAGAUGUAUCUGUCCGGAUGGCUUCUGGGGGGAGAAUUGCGAGCUCGUGCAAGAGGGGCAAACGUUGAAGCUCAGUAUGGGAGCUUUGGCGGCUAUUUUGGUUUGCCUUCUGAUCAUUCUUGUUCUCGUCUUGGUAUUCGUCGUAUACAACAGGAGAAGAGAAUCUCACAUUAAGUAUCCCGGACCCGAUGACGACGUAAGAGAGAAUAUCAUCAACUACGACGACGAGGGUGGCGGAGAAGAUGACAUGACCGCGUUCGACAUCACCCCCCUUCAAAUUCCUAUUGGCGGUCCGAUACCGGAAAUGGGUGGAAAACUACCACCGUGUAAAAUACCCUAUACGCUAGGACCGGAACCAAACGUGGGCAUAUUUAUAGAGGAUCACAAAAAGAGAGCCGACAGUGACCCUAAUGCGCCACCGUUCGACGAUCUUCGAAAUUACGCGUACGAGGGUGGCGGAAGCAUCGCAGGCUCAUUAUCAUCGUUAGCUUCCGGAACCGACGACGAGCAGCACGAGUACGAGUAUCUAGGUGCUUGGGGGCCGAGAUUCGACAAGCUGGCCGACAUGUACGGGCCAGCGGAGGAAAGCGAAGAGGAGGAUUAAAAAAACUGCUCCCUGAGAUCCGUAAGCUCGCACGACACCCCGUACACCCUUCAAGGAGCAACGUUCGCGUGAGCUUGAACGUCGAGAAGAAAAAUUCGAAGAAGCGAGGGAAAAAAGAACGAAACGAGGAUGGAGACAAAAAAGGAAGGGAAAAAAAAAAAAAAAAAAAAGUUUCCUUCGCGUUAUUCGAUCGACAAAGAGAUUUUUUUCCCUUUCGUUCACACGAAACACGUGCACACGUUUCCGGGAUACACGCAUAUUUUCCUCGAUGCGAACAGAAGAACGAGGCGGUAUCUAUGUGUGCGGUAGAGGUGUGCGUCAUGAUUUACGAGAGAGAAAUGAAAAGAAAGGGGAGUAGUAUUACGGAAAGAGAGAGAGAGAGAGAGAGAGAGAAAAGAUCGUCUGGCCAAAGUUUUAAAGAAAAAAAAAGAAAAAAGGAAAAAAAGAAAAAAAAAAAAAAAAGAAAAAGAAAACGUAGCAACUCGUCGAAGACGAGAUCUCUCGGAAAGAUAAAUAUAUAUAUAUAUAUAUAAAAAAAACGGAUAAAAAACGUGUGGGAUAAACUGGCCACACCGUAGUAGGUAAGUACGCGUAAGUACACCUACAAGGGUGUAACCUAUCUGUAUAGCACGUUACGCGUACACGUACAGUAGUGAAUUCGCGCGUGUUCUGCCUUGCGCACGCGAGACUUUUCUAUUAAUAAAAUAAAUCUAUAUAUAUAUUAUAUAUAUACGAUUCAUUAUUUUUAGUCACAGUCAUAGUUACUAUUUAAUCGGUAAAACCGACCUAAGUGUCUCGGUAUUCGAAACUAUCGUCGGCGCGAUCAGCAUCGGUUCUACUGAAAUUAUGAACCCGUGAACACGUUACUACUGCCAGCCGUGCGCGUGAUAAAGAGUCGUUUUCGUUUUUACCUCGUGGCGCGGGUCACGUCACCAAGUGAUCGUGGCACGCGAGAUACCUUUAAGGGCAUUUUCUCAUUUAUAUCCGUCUCUUCAAACUCCUCCCCUCCCCCCUCCCCCUCCUCCCCUCCCGCAUAUAUAUAUAUAUAUAUAUACACACACACAUACGUGCAUACAUACAUACACACAUAUACCUGAUCUCACACCUAUGCCAAAGUUGGCCCCCGGAUGUCAGAGAAUGGAAGAGAAAGAAUGGUGAAAAUAUACAUUUGGGCGCGAUUUUUCCGUUUCUCACGCGAACGCGCAUCGGCUAACGAUCUAUCCCCAAAAAAUAUGUGACGAUCCAACAACCUUUACCUUUUCACGUGCAAUCACGUGAAAGAUAUCGAAUUUGUGUUGGGUGUGUAAUGGAAUCCUAAUGGCAGAUUCGUGGCGCCUUCCUGGUUCGCGAUAUGCGGACGAUUCCUAAUGUGGUCUAUCUAUAAUAAAAAAGA